AUGGGUUUCUGUGGACCAUCUUCGAGUGUCCUGCUCCCCGCGCUGCUUCUGCUGUGCACUCUACACCAGACCUCUGCAUUUGAACUUGAGACCAAUCAGACGGUGAGUUUGCUCGUGGAUGCUUCACCGCAGUCUGGGAGAGUGAUACCCGAAGCACUGUUCGGCGUAUUCUUUGAAGUAAGUUGUGACGGUGAGAUUGGGGUUUCCAUUCCUUUUUCGCGGUAUCUCCUUUAGAAAAAUAAUAAACUUUAUGGUAUAUUAUCUGCAGGAGAUCAACCAUGCGGGGGCCGGUGGAUUAUGGGCAGAGCUCGUGAGUAACAGAGGUGGUUAAUUUUAUUUUAUUUCUUCCGGAAUUCAAUUCUUACUACAUCGGGCUGUCUAAAAUACUUUCCAUUUCUGAACAUGUUAUUUUUCAUAAACUUGAAUUGAAAUAUCAAAUGGGUACUAGCUAAUCCAGCAUUCUCUUGAACGAAUUUCGCUUUUUCUUGAAUUAGAUAUUGUAUUUCUAUGUUGAUACACAUCCUGCAUUGCCCUCAGGUUUCGAAGCUGGGGGGCCAAACACCCCAUCAAAUAUUGACCCCUGGUCUGUCAUUGGGAACGAGUCGUUCAUUACAACAUCGACCGACCGCUCAUCAUGUUUUGAGCGCAACAAGAUCUCGCUUAGGAUGGAGGUCAUAUGUGACAAGGAUGGAGCUAAUACCUGCCCAGAUGAUGGCGUUGGGAUCUAUAAUCCUGGUUUUUGGGGCAUGGUACGCGAUUCUGAACUCAAAAAAUUAUCUUUUUCGCACUAUUGCUUCAACUUUCAUCGAAAUUUCGGUGCUUCGAUUAUUAUUUUUGUCUAUCUCCAUUGAAGAAGCUCUUCUUACUGAACACAAUCACUCGGGCUCUUCCUGGUUGUUAAUUUUGCAGAAUAUUGAACAAGGGAAGGCCUACAGGGUAGUCCUGCAUGUGAGAUCAUCGGGGUCGGUGAACAUAUCGGUGUCACUGACGGGCUCUGAUGGGUUGCAGAAGUUAGCUUCAUCCAAUAUUAUGUAAGCAUUUACUGGUGAUAAGGAAAACUGUCCUUUAGCAGUGAGUAGUGUUCACAUGAAGUCAUUGUAUACAUAACUGAUGUAACUCUUGGUACAGAGAGGAAGCCUCUGAUAUAUCAGAUUGGAAGAAGAUAGAGCUCACUUUGGAAUCGCAGGGGACAAACCAUAAUUCUAGACUGCAAUUGACGACGACCAAGAGAGGAAUAAUUUGGUUCGAUCAAGUAUCAGUCAUGCCGUUGGACACAUAUAAGGUAUCCAUCUGUCCAUUCUGAAGAGUACCUUCGUCUCGCUAAGAAAGAGAAGAAUAAUCACUUGAAAUCACUUACGUCCACUUGUUUGCUGCCGUUUUCUCGCCACCUAACACUGAUUGAUGAAAAGCUGAUGACUGGAAAUUCCAAUGCAUUGCAUCAGGAAAUGAUAAUUUACUAGAGAAGGGGCCAAAGUGAGAAAAGGGGAACCUUUUCCUCCCUCUCUCAACUUAGCACAGUUUUUCUAUCAAUCGAGAGAGAGAGAGAGAAAGAGAGAGAGAGAGGUAAUUUAACAUUUUCAAAAACUUAUGGCACGUCAACAAGCUGAUUUUUUGUUAAUUCGGUUUUAGAGCUAGACACUAAUAUUAUGAUGGUUUCUAAGACAUUAAGGAUAAGUUACAAAUAAUAAUUUCUGAACGAAAAUAAUUUCCUCCCCCUAAAUGAAAAGAGCAUGUUUUUUUUAUUAGUGCAUUCGGCUGUAAAGAAAGAUACUGAGGAAUUUAAAGGGCAUAAAUCCUUUAUUAUUUGGAGCCUUUUCCAUGUCCUGGCCUUUGGUCAAUUUUGAGUUGGGGUAGGAGAUUGGAGGGUUCUGAAAGACGACGAGACAUUCUGUGGAUAAACAUGCUUUAUUGUCUAUGCACUCUCUACCCUUCUAAAUGCCCGCUACACUUCAACGGUACUAUGGAUUAGUGUGGUAUCUUGGGUAAAACUUUUUGUCCUGGUUAUUUUCUUGUAUGAUCAUACUUUCCCGUUGAUGUAAUCGCAGUUCCAUUUGAAUUUUUCAUCCAGCCGGCGUAGGUCGAAGAUCUGAUCUUGGUUCUAAGAUCAUAUAGUGAUAGCUUCUAUCAAAUCAUUCCCUCACCAGCCUAAUUUUAUGGCAUUGGUGUAGUAAACUUUACUGUCUCCAUAUUCAUAUUAAUACGUCAUUCAUCUACAACUCUUAAUGUUUUCCGCUGGUACAGGGGCAUGGCUUUAGGAAGGAUCUCUUUGAAAUGUUAGCCGAAUUAAAGCCCCGGUUUAUACGAUUUCCAGGUAUCUUUGGGUUCUUUAGUCAUAUAUAAAAACUCGGAGCAGAGAGUCAAUUUUUUUUUUAAGAAUUACUUGUAGAGUACAUGUAGUCUUAGGGUUAAGGUAUGCUGGUCAUAACGAGCAUUUUACUGUGAAGCAUCCUACAGAAGAGUAUUUAUCUUAUGAUUCUCGUAUUUAAUGUUCAUAUAAAAUUUCCUAGCUUAUAAUUUUAGUCCGAUAGGAUCCUGACAAAGCCAAUUGGCUUCCAAAAUAGCUUUCUAUGGCAUUUAUAAUAUGCCUAUUUAGCAACAUUGCGAGGCUUAUAUCGUAGUCGAGAGAAGAUUGUCAUGAGAGCUAUCACUGUUGAGAACAGUAUCAGCAUGAUUAAACUCCAGUUUGCAUACGAUGAACUGACCAAUAUUCUUAACUCAGUUGGUGUUAAUAAUGCACCUAUAAAAAGGCCGUGUAUUUUUUUUGUCUUCUUUUCAGGUGGCUGUUUUGUCGAAGGUGAGUGGAUGAGAAAUGCGUUUCGUUGGAGGGAAACGAUUGGUCCAUGGGAAGAAAGGCCUGGGCAUUUUGGUGAUGUUUGGAUGUACUGGACAGAUGAUGGGCUAGGAUACCUGGAGUUUCUGCAAGUAUGUGCUUGCAAACUUCUUUUUUUUUUUUUUUUUCUUGUUCCCUUGCUUGUGCAGCCCUUCUUUUUAACCAAUCUCUUCCAGGAAGAUGAGCCUCUCUUAAUUCUAUGUUCCUGUCGAUUCAUUAUAGCUUGCAGAAGAUCUUGGUGCGGCACCCAUAUGGGUGUUUAACAACGGUACUUUUCUCUACUACACCACGAGAAAAAUAUGGUGUUUUCCAUAAAUUUUGUUUUUAUUACUGUAUUGAGUAAUGGGAUUUGAUCCAUUAAUUUAUUUACUCCUUGUUCUAGGGAUUAGCCACAAUGAUCAGGUUUCUACCUCCGUUGUGCUUCCUUUUGUGAGGGUAUGCAGAUUCCUUAUAUGCCUUAUCUUUACCUUCAUAGUAGACGUUCUACUACUUUUUGGCUGCUUAGAUAAUAUACCUUUAUGAGAUUGCUCAAGGUCUUGAGAUCAGUACGAUGAGGCUUUCUGCUGAGUAUGCUCCUGAUGCAGGAUGUUCUCGACAGCAUUGAGUUUGCCAGAGGGCCUUCCAAUUCGACCUGGGGCUCUGUUCGGGCAGCAAUGGGGCAUCCAGAGCCCUUUGACUUGAGAUAUGUGGCGAUCGGCAAUGAAGAUUGUGGAAAGAAAAACUAUCUCGGUAUGCUCUGUCUUUGUGCUUGAACAUCAUGCGGUCUAUGGAGGAUAUCACAGUAAUACCGUACUUAAUUAUUUUUACUCAUUACUUUAAUCAGGCAACUACCUCAAGUUCUAUUCAUUAAUAAAAGCCGCCUACCCCGACAUUCAAAUCAUCAGCAAUUGCGAUGGCUCUUCCCACCCAUUGGAUCAUCCCGCCGACAUGUAUGAUUUUCAUGUAAGAGAGAAAAUCCCGCUAUCCCAAAAAUUAUAUUUUUAUUUAGUAAAAUUUUAAUCUAGUUUCAACAUAUCGUAGCUAUUAUUGAAACUCCUUUAGUGUCUAUAGAAGCGCAUUUUAAACCCUUUUAAUUUAUUUUUCCUAGAUCUAUACCUCUGCAAACAACAUGUUUUCAAUGGCUCAUCAAUUUGAUCACACCUCGCGUGUGGGCCCAAAGGUACGGUGUUCUGUUUUCUAACUAACACCAAGCUUAGACUUUGAUUUUUUCUGAGGCUUGAUGAGAAAUAGGGGAACAUGCUCCAGGCCUUUGUCAGUGAGUAUGCUGUGACCGGGAAGGAUGCUGGUACCGGAAGCCUCCUUGCAGCACUUGCAGAAGCUGGCUUCCUCAUCGGUUUAGAGACAAACAGGUUUCUUGCUAAUAGUGUUGGCAUCUAAUAUAGUAAAAAAAAAAAAAGGAAAAUCAUGAUGAUUUAUGAGCACGCUUCUUUUCCAUAACUUUUUCUGGUGACCAAGCUCCACUGGUUGACCGUUUUCUACAUCCCAUGAUGAUGCGGAUGGCUAUGUUUCGUGUUAAUUCAUGUUGAUCGAUGCUUGAGAUAAUUAGUUUCUAUUGUUUAAUGCAGUGAUGUUGUUGAGAUGGCAAGUUACGCUCCGCUUCUGGUCAACGCCAACGAUCGACGGUACCCAAAUCUUUCUUUUACUAAUUCCAUAUUUUCGUGGAAAUCGAGCUUUCAAACGAAAUGGGAGUCGGCAAUAAAAGAACAGCGGCUAGAGUUAAUUUUAGAAGGAAGCUGAUGAUCACACCAGCCCUUCUGGGCUUACCCACAAAAUUUAUUCGAUAAAAAUGUUUUCUUUUAAUGAUACAGGUGGAACCCAGAUGCCAUUGUCUUCAACUCGUGGCAGAGCUUCGGAACUCCGAGCUACUGGAUGCAGCAGUUCUUCAAGGAAUCAAGCGGCGCCACCGUGUUCCCCGUGAAGGUUCAGUCCAAUUCGGCAACUUCUCUGAUUGCCUCGGCUAUUAAGUGGCAGAGUGCAGAAGGGAACGAUAAUUACUUAAAAAUAAAGGUACACACCCCCUCAUCUCCCUCUUCAGCAGAGUACAUUCAUCUCACCCUGUUGAAAUUAUUGGAUUCUUUUUAAAAAAAAUAAAAAAAUCUAUUCGCCCAUCUUAUCCAAUUUUACAAUACUUGGGAGGAGAGCCAUUGGCUAUGAUACCCAACAGAUGAUGAGCUACUGGGAUUUUAUUCAUUUAUUUAUUUAUUUUUCCCAACAUGUAGCAAUGAAAAAAAAGGUGCCAUCUUUCUUGGUGAAAAAUAUAAAUUUAAAAAGUAGAAAAAAAUCCCUAUUCCUAUAAAAGGCCAUCAAAGAAAGAAAAAAAACUGUUUUGCAGGUUGUCAACUUUGGGAGCGAUCCAUUGAAUCUGUCGGUGUCUGUGAACGGGCUGGAGAACUCUAUAAACUCACUCAGAUCGACCAAGGUCGUCCUGACGUCUGCUAAUGUGAUGGAUGAGAACUCCUUCAGCGCACCAAACAAGGUAGCUCCCUUCCUUCCCCCCCCCCUUCAUCUCUCUCUGGAUUCGCUCCUCGGAUUCCCUGUUCUUUCCCAUAAAUAGCAUCAUUCAGCAGUCUGAGCCCUGCAAUGGAGAUGGGUUUUUCUUCUUCGGCAUUAAAAGCACGUAAAAAAGUAAUUUUUAUAUGAUCGGAAUAAUCGAUGGGCUUAUCCACAUAUUGAGUGCAGGUGUUUCCGGAGAAGACGAGGCUGGAGAGCGCAGGGACGGAUAUGGCGAUGGUGGCCCCCGCCCACUCCAUCAGUUCCUUCGAUCUCUCCCUGGCGCCGCUGGUGUCCAGCUGGUGA